AUGAAAUUUGCAGAGCACUUAAGUGCUCAUAUUACACCAGAAUGGAGAAAACAAUAUAUAAAUUACGAGGAAAUGAAAGCAUUACUCUAUGCAGCAGUAGAACAAGCACCAGCUGCAGAUAUAACAGAAUCACAUAUAUUAGAACGUUAUUUUAAUAAAUUUGAUGAACAAUUUUUUCAUUAUUGUGAUAAGGAGUUAGCAAAAAUAAAUACGUUUUAUUCAGAAAAAUUAGCAGAAGCAACGCGUAGAUUUGCAACUCUCAAUAAUGAAUUAAGUGAAAUUCUAUCUGCUUCUGAAAAUGGACAAGGAAGUCAUAAAAUCCGUUAUCGUAAUAAUAUUUUGCAUAAAAAGCCAGUUUCAGCACGAAAACUUCAAGAAUUAAAAUUAGCCUUUUCUGAAUUUUAUCUUUUUCUCAUUUUACUUCAAAAUUAUCAGAAUCUUAAUUUUACUGGAUUUAGAAAAAUAUUAAAAAAACAUGAUAAACUUUUAAAUAUAGAUCUUGGAGCAAAAUGGAGAGCAGAACAUGUAGAUACAGCAUUAUUUCAUACUCAUAAAGAUAUAGAUAGACUCAUUGCAGAAACAGAAGCAUUGGUUACCAGAGAUUUAGAACAUGGAGAUAGACAACGUGCUAUGAAACGUUUAAGAGUCCCUCCUCUUGGAGAACAGCUUUCUCCAUGGAUUACAUUUAAAGUGGGACUUUUUUCAGGAGCUUUUAUUGUUCUUCUUAUAGCAGUAAUACUUUCAGGUGCACGUUAUAGAAAUAAUAAUAAUUGGCGAGUUUUAUGUAGAUUAUAUCGUGGACCACUUCUUAUGAUUCAAUUUCUUUUUCUUAUGGGAAUUAAUGUAUAUGGAUGGAGAUCUUCUGGUGUAAAUCAUGUUUUAAUAUUUGAACUUGAUCCUCGAAAUCAUUUAUCAGAACAGCACAUUAUUGAAAUGGCUAGUGUGUUUGGAUUAGUUUGGUCUUUAUCAAUUUUAGGUUUUUUAUAUAGUGAAACAUUGGGAAUACCACCAUUUGUUCAACCUAUGUUAUUAUAUAUAUUACUAGCUUUAUUUUUGUUUAAUCCAACGAAAACAUUACGUUAUGAAGCUAGAUUUUGGGCACUCCGUGUAUUGGGUAGAAUAUUUUGUGCGCCGUUUUUUUAUGUUGGAUUUGCUGAUUUCUGGCUAGCUGAUCAACUUAAUUCUCUACAUACUGUUUUCUUAGACUUUCAAUAUUUUGUUUGCUUUUAUGUACAAAAUUCUUCAUGGACCACUGUCACUGAUGCGGAAACUUGUAUUAUGCGCGAACUUUCAAUGAGACCAUUUGUGGCUUGUUUGCCAGCAUGGUUCCGAUUUGCACAAUGUUUACGGCGAUAUAGAGAUACAAAAGAAGCUUUUCCUCACCUUAUAAAUGCAGCAAAAUAUGCUACUAGUUUUUUCGUUGUAGUAUUUUCUUAUUUACAUUUAACUAAUGCUAAGUAUUAUGUAUUAUCUACUGAAAAUCCUUAUUUUUAUUUGUGGAUAACUGCAAGUAUUAUGAGUUCUUGUUUUACAUAUACAUGGGAUAUAAAAUUAGAUUGGGGAUUAUUUGAUAGUAAUGCAGGAGAAAACAAAUUUCUUAGGGAAGAAAUUGUUUAUUCUUCUCCAUAUUAUUAUUAUUUUGCAAUAAUUGAAGAUUUUAUACUUCGUUUUGGUUGGGCAUUUUCAUUGUCUCUUACUGAAAUGGGAUACGUACAUGCAGAUUUAAUGGUUUCUAUAAUUGCACCAUUAGAAGUAUUCAGAUAGACUGGAUCAAUUAGUGAUUUUAAACAUUCUGGCCAUCCUUCAACAUAAAACAUCGAAGCAGUUCAUAAGUUCAGUUCAAGCAUUCUCAGUAUUGCUGAGAAUCCAGGGACAUCGUGGUCAAGAAUUGGACAUUUCGAGAAGUUCUCUACAGCGUAUUCUCACGACAGAUUUGCAUCUUCAUACUUACAAAGUUCAAUUGAGUCAGAAAAACUGAAGCCUACUGACCACACAAUAGAACUUAUUGACAACGAAUAGAAUUCGUUGAAUAAAUUAUGAAACAACAACAAGGAUGCUGAUUUUUCGAACAAAAUCAUCUUCAAUAAUGAGGCUCGUUUUCAUUCUUGAUGUAUUGGUUAAUCAAAACAACAAAAUUGUCGUAUUUGGAGUUUAGAAAAUCAAGUGAUUAUUAAGAAAUUGUAUUGUUACUAUUUGGUGGAGAUUUUGGGCUGGAGAUAUUAUCGGAUCAUUCUUCUUCGAAAAUGCGGUUAGGCAAUAAUAGUUAAUAAUGCUUGUUCGCAUCGCGACAUGAUUCAAUUUUUUGUGCCUAAAUUGUAAGAUAUAAAUGUGGACAACAUGUGAUUUCAACAAAACAAUGCCACAGUCUGAGAAACAAUUCAAUUACUAUACGAAUCAUUUCCUUUGUGUAAUUUCCCAUUUUAGUGAUCAGAAUUGAUUUAGAUCGUGCGAUUUAACACCGUUGGAUUUGGGGGGGGGGGGAAGUUUGAAAUCUAAGAUUUAUGCCGAUAAGCCCUCGAUCAUUCACAGCUUAAAAAAGGAAAUUGAGCGUUAUAUUAAAUUCAGCUAUAUUUAUGCAAAACGGUCAUGAAAAAUUUCAGCAAGAAUACGUAUGUGUCAACAAAGACGUGGAGGAUUCGUCAUUUACUCGAUAUUCCAUAUAUAACUCUAUAUUGUAUAUUUUAUAAAUCAAUAAAAAAUUACAAUUUUUAAUUAUAAA